CAAACCACUAAAAGCGUCUAUUAGACUUGAGAAUCACAUGACGACUACUGCGGCUGUGUCACAUGAUCAGAAAAUGGGUGCCUGUCUGAAAUACGGCUUGCUGCUGGUGUUUGUAGUUCCAUGUUUCUGUCAAAAUGAAUGGCCGGUGCCAUACAGGCGUUUCCCAUCAAGACCUCAGUUCAACUCUUACUGCCAGGCGGGUGUGGUGCCAUUCUGCCCCACUGGGAAAGCCUCCAACACCAUGCCACAGUUCCAUGACUUUGACACGAUAGAGGUCUACGCAUUGAAGGCACCUGUGUUUGAAUUUAAAUUUGGAGACCUGCUUGGAAAGUUUCACAUAAUGCAUGAUGCUAUUGGCUUCAAGAACGUGGACACAGGGUUCAGCUACACGCUCGAGUGGUAUGAGCUUGUAGAGCUAUUCAACUGCACAUUCGCCCACACUCUGCAGAACGACUCCAUGAUCUGGUGUAACCAGGGGGCGGCAUGUAUCUACGAUGGCAUUGACACCAAACAUUGGAUCGAGAAUGGAACCUUCGUUAAAGUUGCGGAUAUCACUGGUGAUGUAUUCAACAAGUUUGCAGACUGGGUUGAGUGGGAUAACAACACUGCAAUCUAUUAUGAAACAUGGACUGUAUGGGACAAACCUGAUGGAAAAAUGUGGUUUGACUCCUUCGACUGCGCAAGUUUUGUUCUACGAGCCUUUCAAAAACUGGCUGAUGUUGGUGCAAAGUUCAAUCAAAGUGUUCACCUCAACUACACACGGAUCAAUCUCUACUCAGACCAACCAGUCUACCUCGGUAACGAGACAGUCGUGAAAGCCGACCAGUCUCUGUACAAGAACAUCACAGACUUCUACAAGAAGUUCCAAUCGCACCAAUCCUAUCAGGACCUAUUGACUCACCUCGUAGAGGCAUAUAUUGAGGUCUUUGAUCAACAGCAGUUUUAUUUCUUCUACAACUUUGAGUACUGGUUUCUGCCAAUGAAAUCGCCUUUCAUCAAACUGACCUACCUAGAGGUGCCUUUACCGAAACCGAAUUCAACACUGUAUUAUAGAAAUAAACAUUUCUGAUGUUUUGAUCAGAGUCUUUCAAAGUAUCUGUGAUAUUAACGGUACAAGCUGUGGAAACUGCAAUAAAUUUUGAUGUAUUGAUUACAAAUUAUGUUCAUUUGUUAUGCUCAGUUAUAAACUUAUUUCAAACAGAUAUUUGAGAAGAAACAAACAAUAAUUGUACUGCUCAUUAAUCACAUAUAAGAAAUUUCUUCUUGUUAAUGAUCCCUGUUAAAUUUGUUCUAGCAAUAACUGCUUUACAGAAGUUUCUUGAACAGCAGCUUGUACUUAUUUGGUUAAAAUAAAAGUGAUGACAAAAAAGAAUG